AUGACCAACAACACCAGAAACAACACCCCUCUUCAAGAAGACCCAACAGAAAUACAGAAACACCAAAUAAGACCACAAAAAAUAUCCACCACUACAACAUACCCGCAACAUACCGCCGCACCACAAAAUAACAAACACAGCAGC